AUGCCCACCGACGAGGAGGAGGACGCCGACCGCAUCGACGCGCUCCGCUCGGCGCUGGAGCUCCCCUUCUACCUCUACGAGGGGCCGUCGUUCGACGACGGCUCGUGGUUCGAGGCGUGCUCGCGUGGGCUGCGCGGAGAGAGGAUUGAGGAGGACCAGUACUCCGGAGAGCACUACUGGCUUGCGCAGCUGCGGAGGCACCGCUGGCGCGUGGCGCAGCCCUCGGCUGCCCUCCUCUUUGUCGUUCCGCUCUACCUCAACGCAGCGCUCCAGCCGUCUGUGAAGGGCGCAUCGUGCAACGGGACGCACUUUCAGGUGCUGCUCGAUGCGACGGCAGCGGCGGUUGCGGCGACCGAGCAGUAUGCGCGACAUGACGGCGCAGACCACGUCAUCGUCAGCAACUCGUGGAAGCUGACGCAGACGCCGCCCGAGCAGGCGCCCUGGUCCAAGGUCGGCCAGCUGCCCAACGAGCUCUUCCGCCGGACCUUCCGCAACGCGAUUGUCGGCCUCAUUGAGAGAGCGACGCCGUCGCAAAGAGCUCCGCCGUCGUCCGCCUUUUGGCGCUGCUCCGUGGUGUCGCCGUACGUGGCCAACUACGACGAGGCGGCGGCCGCGCACCGGCGGCCUCCCGCCUCCAAGGAGCGGGACGUGAGCUUUUACUUUCAGGGCGGCGCAAACAACCGCGGCACCCGCGGCUACGCCUUCCGCCAGGCCGCGCUGCCGCAGCUGCAAGACCUGCCGGCGGCGCACAUCUCCGCCUUCUCGCUGCCGGGAAAGCCGGCGGCGUGCGGCGGCGCCGUCAGCACAAACUGCCGCGCGGGACGCUCGAGCGGCGCCUUCCGAUCUCUGAUGGCGAGGUCGCGCUUCAGCCUCGCCAGGCGACUCGCCCUCCUCGCGCCGUCUCUACGACGGUGCCUCGUCCCAUGGCGAAAGAUCGCCUUCACCAUCGCCGAGCGCCCCUUCCUCUCCAGCACCGGCGCGGCCGCAGUCGUCGGAGCGCUCGACAAGCUGUCUCCCGCCUCGCUCGGAAGGACUCAGCGGCUAGCCAACAGGUUCCGCCGCGACCUGAUUUGGAACACCAACGGCUCUCGCGUCGCCGAAAAUCUGCUUAUCACCGCGGCGCUGCGCUGUCUGCCCGCGCACGUCGUCCGCCGCGCCGCCGCACGCGCCGCCGCCCUCGCCGCCGCCCUCCGAGCGCUGCGGCAGCACUGCCCGAACGGCGACACCUCCGUCGCGUGCGUCGCUCCCGACGCGUCCAACUGCGCCGGAUGCGAGACUGGGGACCUGGCUUCGGCGACGCCGAUCGAGCACUGCUGCGCCGACUCGUGCCCGCAGUGCAGGGGCCUCCCCGCCCGAAACCGCUCCUCCGCCUCCCGCGCCGCCAACCGCUCCGCCUCGCGAGCCGCGGCACGGUGCGUCCCUGCGGACGUGUACUACGGCGAGCCGAUGCGGCACGACGCCUCGCGGCGCGGCGCGAUCGCCGCGUACCUCGCCCAGGCGGACAAGGACGCGCCCGAGGCGCUGCAGCGCUGGCGCAAGCUGGCGGGCCAGGCGCGGCCCGGCUCAGGCGGAGGGUCUGCGGGCGGCCGAGGGAGGCUCAAGGCAAGGGGCGACGAGGCGAGCGGGCUCAAGCCGCGCGGGAGGGGAGCUGCGGUGGGGAGCUCUCGACGGCCGCUGAGUACGUAG